UCAUUUGCGUUGCGUAGCAUUGAAAUACCAGGUGUCACGGGUUUUUAAAUAAUCAAUAAGAUAUUUUUAUUUGUUUGCUUACUUUACAUUUAUGUAAACAAACAUUUAUGAAGAAUGAUACUUUCACGGGCAAAACCAGCCCUGUCAGAAAGCAGAAAACCAGGAACGCGAAAAGAUGUUCCCAAGCUGGAAGAAUUUCUGGAGAAACGUGACUAUGCCGGUGCCUUGACGUUGGUUGAGUUCAAUAAAUCAAACAGCAAUAUCCAAGACACGGAUAUGUGGAUAGCGUAUUGUGCUUUUCAUCUUGGAGACUACAAGAGAGCUACCAGCGUCUAUGAAAGUUUGAGAAAGAAAGGAAGAAAUGAUGUUGCUACUAAUUUAGCUUGCUGCUAUUUUUACUUGGGAAUGUAUCCAGAGUCUAAAGAAGUAUUAAAUGAUGCUCCUGAGAGUGGUUUAAAAACCCGAGUAAUGUUUCACUUGACUCACAAGAUGAGCGAUGAAACUAAGCUGAAAGAGUACCAUGCUAAACUUAAAGAUGUUAUUGAAGACCAGUUGUGCUUAGCUUCUAUCCAUUAUCUUCGAGCUCAUUAUCAAGAAGCGAUUGAUAUUUAUAAAAAAAUUCUUCUUGAUAAUAGGGAUUACAUGGCCUUGAAUGUUUAUGUAGCAUUGUGCUAUUAUAAACUAGACUACUACGAUGUAGCUCAAGAAGUUCUUCAAGUUUACUUGCAAAAGUAUCCAGACAGCGCAAUUGCUAUUAAUUUAAAAGCAUGCAAUCACUUUCGUCUUUAUGACGGCACCACGGCUCAGACUGAAAUGAGGCAGUUGAUAGAAAAAACAACUUCUUCGUACAGUUUUGGGCAUGAUUUAAUUCGUCACAAUAUUGUGGUAUUUAAAGAUGGUGAAGGAGCAUUGCAAGUCUUACCAGGUUUAGUCGAUGUCAUACCAGAAGCCCGAUUGAACCUGGUAAUUUAUUAUUUAAAGCAGAAUGAAAUUCAAGAAGCUUAUGAACUGAUAAAAGAUCUAGAACCGGCAGUCCCACAAGAGUUUAUUCUAAAAGGAACAGUUUGCGCAGUAAUCGGACAGGAAACCAGCUCACGAGAUAUCAUUAAGACAGCUCAGCAGUAUUUCCAUUUAGUAGGUUCAUCAACUUCUGAAUGUGACACGAUACCGGGUCGUCACUGCAUGGCAGCUUGUUUCUUUCUUCUUCGUCAAUUUGAAGAAGUUUUAGUCUAUUUAAAUUCCAUAAAAACUUAUUACACGAAUGAUGAUAGUUUUAAUUUCAACUAUGCACAAGCACAAGCGGCUGCGGGUUACUUCAAAGAAGCAGAGGAAGCAUUUCUACUGAUUAGAAGUGAACGAUUCAAAAAUGACUACGUUUACAUAAGCUUACUGGCUUAUUGUUACAUUAUGAAUAAAAAAGCUCACAUUGCUUGGGAGCUUUACUUAAAAAUGGACACAUCGACGCAAUCUUUUAAUCUUCUACAGUUAAUUGCAAAUACUUGCUACAAAAUUGGUGAAUUUUGGUAUGCUGCUAAGGCGUUUGAUAUGCUAGAACGUAUGGAUCCAUCACCGGAACACUGGGAAGGCAAACGAGGCGCUUGUUGCGGGACUUUUCAAUUUAUUGUUGCCGAAAAACAACCCAAAGAGUUAUUAGUUGAAGUUAUUCAAUUGCUGAGAAACACAUCUAAUUCUCAAGUGGAACAAAUAAUUCGUGUUAUGAAAAAAUGGGGAAAAGAUAAGAGGAUUCCUUGUUGAUUUUAUUAUAAAUAAUUCAAGAUUAUUAAUCCGUCCAUAAUGUAUUUUAUUAUUGA